AUGACUGAUGAAAAGCCAGAGGAGGUGACCCAUGCAAAAACUAUUUCAGGCCGAGAUAGAAGUAAUCUGAUCACUGGUAAAUUGGAAAAACAACCGCUUACUGAUGGUGAAAGGAAACGGGAUAGAAUUAGAGCACAUUUAAGACGACGAAAUGAUAAAAUAGCUUCAACAUUUCUAGACAUGCAACAGAAAUUGUUUGAAGAUAUGGAUCAUAUCAAAACCCAUUUACACAACAAAAAAUUGGAGUUCAAGAUUUCUACCAAGGAAACAUUGAAAAGGUGGAAAGGUGAAGAAGCUUCUAUUCAUGGACCUAUCACCUUAGAAAUUGCCUCUGAUGUGGAAAGCAGUUUUAUAAAAAAGGCAGACUGUGACACUUUCACAGUCAGCUAUUUUCCAACAAAUAAUGGCUGGCGACAGUAUACCCAAAACAGGACUCAUGCCGAAGAAAGAGUAAUGAACAAUAGUAUUUUCAAAACUGACGAAACCAGGAUUGACCAUACAGAUCACAGUGUUUCAGCUGAUUAUCCACAUCUGAAAUCUUCAUUAAAAGACGAAUCUGUCGAAUAUUUUUCAAAUGAUCAAUCUUUCGUUCGAUAUAUUGAUGCCAGGUUCGAUUCAGAAAGUAUAGGAUCUACAAAUUCGUCAGAGAAACAAACUCUCUGUUCUUCAAUCAACACAAGCAAAAUCAUUUAUCCAAGUAUGGCUGGAGCUCAGUUUGAUGGUGAUCCAAUGCCUCUUUUAGAUCAUCCGAAUUUGACACACUUCAGUGGUUUUUUGGCUGAAAAUGAUUCUGUUGAACCUUCUCUUGAAAAUGACAAGGACAUGCAGACAGAAAACUUGUCUAAUACGAUCAAUUCAUCUGACACUACGAAGAAAUUCUUAGCUUGGGAAUAUAAGGAUGAUAAAUUUGUUAAAGUACCGUGUACCCCUCCAAAUGAAGAUAACGUUGAAUGGGACAUUGAUCACUGUCAUUACUACAAACAAUUCUCACUAAAGGAAAAGUUGAAAAAAAAACGGUUACGCGCAGCGGAGAAGAUGUACUCCUGGGUGAGACAUAACUACUUAAAGGACUCCGUCUCAUAUUAA